CACCCCUGUUCGUUCGUCGCUUGCAAACUCAAACCUUGGCAAUCUCCGCGCCGCAAACCCUAGCCGCCGCCAUGGCCUUCCUCGCCGGCGCAUCCUCCAUCCGCAGCCCCUUCGCCAUCGCCUUCCCCUCCCGACGACGGCACGAUCUCCCGACGGUUGUCAAAGCCACCGCCGCCAGCUCCAAUUCGGUCUCCCCCCACCUCCUCAUCUCCUCCCUCCGCCUCGCCGCCUCCGCCGCGGUCCUCCUCGCGGCCACCUCCCCGGCCAUCGCCUGCACGCCCUCCCCGCCCCCUCCCCCCGCCCUCACCGCCACCGUCUCACCCGAUGACGCCGUCCAGGACGACUCCGAGUCCCACCCCUUCGAGAAGCUCAUCGUCGAGACCGCCGCCCUCUCCCGUUUCGGCGGCGCGGAGGCCGCGCUGGCCCGCCUCUCCGCCGCCGGGGUCGGCGAGCACUGCGCCCGCCUCCUCGCCGCGCAGGCGCUCUUCGUGGACGGCAAGGUGGACGAGGCGAUCGCCGCCUUCGAGGAGCUCGCGCGGGAGGACCCAAGCGACUACCGGCCCCUGUUCUGCCAGGGCGUGCUGUACUCUGUUCUAGGCAGGGCGGCGGAGUCGGAAUCCAUGCUCGAGCGCUGCCAGCUGAUCGCCGGCGACAAAUUCGUCACUAAUUUCACAAUGCCGGUCUCAGAAGUAGAGCCAGAGGCCGAGCCCAUGACAGAGGCAGAACCCAUGACGGAGAAGACGGAAACAGAGGCGGAUGGGGAAACAGAAGCUGAGGCAGAGUCAGCGUCUGUGACAGAGAAGAUCGAAACAGAGGCGGAAGGGGAGAAGCUGUGA